GCUCCCAGCCAGGGCAGCGAGCGAGCGAGCGGCUGGUGCGCGGCGCUCUCGGGUCGGCGGCGGGUCCAGCAGCGCUGGGGCCGGGCGGGGGGCUCCGAGCAGCAUCUUCCGCCCCGCACGCAGCCCGGCCAGCAUGGGGCACCGCGUGGGGAGCGCGCCCCUUCUCCUGCUGCUGCUGGCUUUCUGCAAAGGGCGAAUUGUGAGGGUGCCCAAAAGCCCACUCAUUCGAGUCGAAGGUACAGAGACGGUGAUCCCUUGCAAUGUUACUGACUAUGAUGGACCCAGUGAGCAGAACUUUGACUGGGAAUUUUCCCAGGGAACUGACUUUGUGCGGAUAGUGAGUACCUGGGACUCAUCAUUCACCUCCCAGCAAUACCAGAAGAGGGUUAGCAGCAGGGAAAUCGUGCUGAGGCGGAGCAGCAAUAAUGCUGUGGAACUUCUGAUCAGAAGUAUCCAGCCAAUUGACCAAGGAGAAUACAAGUGCAUCACCCCCAGCACAGAUGCCACUGUUCAGGGAAAUUACGAUGCUACAGUCCAAGUGAAAGUGAUUGCCGAUGGCUUAACUGUGAGUGGAUCCAAAGCUCGGUCCUCGAAACCUCUCAAACUGUCUGAGGGAGACUCAUUUGAAUUACGCUGCUCAGCUUCCACCACCUCCUCAGAACACACUCACCUGCAAGUUACUUGGGAGCUCAAGAAUGGCCCAGCCUGGCAGGAAAUCCUCUCUCUGACACACGAGGGCAAGUUCCAGCCCAGCCCGGAGUAUGAAGAGCGCUACCUGAGUGGAGAUGUGCGCUUGGACACAGUGGCAAAUGACAUUUACCGACUGUCUGUAUCCCAGGCACUGCCUCUGGAUGAGGGCCUCUACAGGUGUCUUGUGAGCGAGUGGGUGAAAGGUGCAGAUAGUUCCUGGCAGAAGAUCCAGGAGAAGAAUGUGGAAGUAGCAAGCGUGGUAAUCCAACAGACUGCUCUGGAUGUGCUUAUUGCCACAAGCAACAUGUCUGUGACUGAAAGGGAUUCCCUGGACCUAACCUGCAACAUCACAACAGACCGAAGUGGCAUCUUCCAAGCUCAGGUGACGUGGUACUUCAGUGAGUCACUUGAUGAUACCUUGUCGGAUGCCCGGGUUUUGUUGAGUGUGGACCGUGAUUCUGUGGUCAGCAACUCUCCCCUCAUCAGCCUGAGUCACAUGGAUAGAAAUUCCUAUCACCUGCUGGUGCGUGAUGUGGGUGUGGAAGACUCUGGCUACUAUUUCUGCCAAGCAUCUGUCUGGGUGCCACAGCACAAUGGGAGUUGGCACAAGGUGGUGGAGAAGACCUCUUCACCAGUCAGCGUGGUGGUGACAGCAUUAGAGCUGGACUACCAGAUAGUUCUGAAUGCUUCUAAAACGCCUAAAUUUUCAGACGACCCCACAGAAUUGGAGUGCAGGAUCGUGAAUGCGCAGAACACAGAAGCAAACAUACGUUUUACCGUCUCUUGGUAUUACAGAAUGCGCCUGCGCAAUGACGCUGUUGUGACGGAUGAACUUCUUGCCACUAUGGAUGCAGACUGGACGUUGCUGGUUGGGGAUAAGAGCAGACAGAGGACCCAGAAUGGGGAAAUAAUUUUCUCUAAACAGGCCAUGGGUACUUUCAGUUUACGAAUCCAAUGGACCUCUGAAGCAGACAGAGGGGAUUAUUACUGUGUCGCCUCUGCCUGGAGCAGGCACCACAACAACAGCUGGGUAAAGAGCAAGGAUGUGACAUCCGCACUGGUCAGUGUUUUCUGGGCUACCCAAGAUUAUACACUAACAGUGGAGGCUGUGAAACUGAAGCCAUUCUUCAUGGCAGGACACACCUUUGAGAUGAUAUGCAAAGUGUCUUCCCAAAACAUCAAGACACCGCGUUACUCUGUUCUCAUUACAGCAGAAAAGCCACUGACUGAUCAGUCAAACCCUAAUGGAACCACUCGCAUAAUCUCCUUGAACCAGGAUUCGGUGGUAAGACUGGAAGACUGGACAGACCAGGCCCGAGUGGAUGGUGUGGUCCUGGAGAAGGUUCAGGAGAACGAGUUCCGCUAUAGGAUGUACCAAACGCAGAUGUCUGACGCUGGUCUGUAUCGCUGCGUGGUGACCGCCUGGUCCCCAGGCGGCAGUGGCAUGUGGCGAGAGGCAGUGAACGGCUUAUCCAAUCCCAUCCAGAUAGAUUUCCAAACCUCAGGUCCCGUGUUUAAUGUCUCAGUGCAUUCGGACAACCCGACGGUUUACCAGGGCGAGCUGGCAGAUCUGCUCUGCAUUGUCACCAUCGACAGAGUGGUACUUGAGCCAGAUGAUAUGUCCUUCGACGUCUCCUGGUUUGCUGUGCAUUCCUUUGCACUGGACAGAGCCCCUGUCUUGCUAGCUUCCUUGGAUCGGAAAGGGAUCGUGACCCAGGCCAGGAGGAACUGGAGCAGCGAUGUCAGCCUGGAGAGGAUCAGCCCCAUGGAGUUCCGGCUGCGGGUGCAUGGCUGUGAGGGCCAGGAUUUCGGCAACCAUUACUGCUCAAUAACCCCUUGGGUGCGAUCAGCCACGGGUGUCUGGCAGCGGGAACCGGAGAUCAAAUCCAAGCCCAUAUUCAUAUCUGUGAAAAUGGAUGUGCUGAACGCUUUGAAAUAUCCACUGUUGAUAGGCAUUGGUCUAGCCACCAUCAUCGGACUCUUAUCCUGCCUCAUUGGCUACUGCAGUUCCCGCUGGUGUUGCAAGAAGGAAGUACAAGAAACCAGACGGGAGCGACGCCGGCUAAUGUCAAUGGAGAUGGACUGAGUGUGGGAAUGAGACUAUGCACGUUUUGGGAGAGAUUUGGGCAGUUGGCCUGAGACUGAGAUGUGUGUGUGUGUGUGAGACACACAAAUGCCCAAUGGACAGUAUCUUUCUCUCUGAUCUAAGCCAGGACCUAGAGCUUCUCCUCUCCACAUGCUAAGUACUGAGAGCACAGGCCAUGUGUACCAGCACAGAGCUCUUCUUCCAGGGACACUUACUGUGGGGAUAUUUUCUUCUGACACGCAAACUGUUCAGCAGCCUUCAGACAAGAUUCACUGUUAAAUCCUUUUGUCUUGUUUUUAGGAUCUCUCUUUGUGUGUGAACAUCGUUGGGCGGGGGGGAGGGUUAUUGUGGUGGGCAGGGCUUGGGAGAAAUAUUUUGCCUUUUAUAAAAUUAGCUGACCUGUUCUCUCUCUCUUUUCCCUCCCUCCCCCCCCCCGGGUUUUGUUCCUAUCUCCAGUGCUGGGAAGGAAGCAGCCGUAUGAGGUGCUCUAGUACUUGUUUGGUAAAGAUGCAAUGGUCAAGGUGGGUUUAUGGUUGUCAGGGUGCCCUCUCUUCCCCUAUUUUCAGGGGUUUGGAGUUCACUCCACAAUACAGCAUGUAUGGACGUGUCUGUGACAAUUUUCUUAAAUAUAUUUUUUUAAAGUUGGUCUUUGUUCUGGUGACAAGUGCUACCUUGGCAACCCUAGAGGCUGAAUGCUCAGACCAAGUACUUCACAGUGCAGGCCUUCCUUCCCACCAUAGCCCCUCCCACUGUGCCUCUACCCUGACCCACAGGGGGUGCUACUCUUCCUGAGUGGAGAGUGUCUCCCUGGCCUCUCUGCUGAGACCACCAGCAAGGCGCCAGUUACCAGUCAUGGCGGUGGUGAUGUGUUCAUCAGAGGAACACCCGUCCUUUUAGGAAGAGGAUGGAGACCACCAGCUCUUUUCAGGUAUAUGGUCAACUGGCCGUUGGCUGGAAAUGGUGUGGGAACCAGCUAUUACCUAUACACAGAGCAGGUUCUAAAGUAAUUUCCAUUUUGUUUCCUUGCAGCCACCUAACACACAUCUCUGCAAUCUCUAAUUUGGCAGCAGUGUGUCCACAAUCAACAGCAGCCAAAUUGUGGCUGUGUGGGUGCAAAAUCAGGCCAUCAUAGAAGGGAGUUUGAUUUUUGAUAUUUUUUUUUUAAAGCAGGUCUCUGUCUCUUUGUACCUGCAGUGACCCCUGUCUUUUCAAGGGGUCCUCUCCAUUGCUGGACACUACAUGGGCAGAUCUCUCCAGGGGGUUUGAGGCAUAUUCAUAGGUGCUAUCGUAUGAAAGCCCGGCUCUGGUCUUCCACACUCCCUUGGCAUGGCUCCUAAGGAGCUGCUCUCAGUUAUCCGGGCAGCUCUGUCUUCUAGCACAGCUGGUGUUUUUAAGCAAUAAAAGUCAGACAUUGUGUACAAAAGAAGUACACUGAUAUCGCAUGUUGGGUUUGGCUAAAAUCAACAAAGAUAGGAAAUUGAGUUACCACCAAUGGUCCAUCCUUCUCCAUUAUGCUUUAGGAAUAAAGAACCAAUGACAGAUGAGACCAUCUGCAAAAGCUAGAGGCCCUGCUGUAUUGUUAACUGUCUUGAGACUUUCAUUACAUUCUAGGCCUUCUCUGUGACUAGUAGUCCAUUCGCACGUACCCUCCGGGGUACUGCAGGAUCUAACCUCCUUUUAUUAACAUGACUUAAUUUCACAGCUGAGUGAAGUCUUUAACGCCAUUGUAUUGUAACCGCUACAGACGGCAUUUAUUUGAGAUGCUCAGUGUUCAGUUACUUUUGUCCUGAUAUUUUCCCCAGCACUGGCACAAGACUUUGUCCCUGAAAGGGAACUGGGGCUAAGAUUUUUCGCGUGACUAUUUUGGAUGUGUGCAUUUCAAAAGCAGCCUGAUUUUUCAGAGGGGGUGCUCAGCAUCAUUUUUUGUACUUUGGCCCCUUUAAGGUGUCUCAUGUGGGCCAUCCAGAAAUGGAGGCACCCAAAAUCACUCGUCACAGCUGGAAAAUCUUGACCUGCGUCUUCUCGGCAGCCUCCCCCUAUUGCUAGCUUUUUCUGAAGCCGAGCCUCGUGUUUCAGUGCCCUUCCUGAAUCUGCAUGUGGACACAGCAAGAAGCUGGUGGGGGAGGAAUGCAUAGCCAUCAUGGCACACCUGAGUUCCCCGUGUUAAAGUGGAAGAACUUGCAUCUAUAUACUCUCCAAAAAGAGGAAAGCAUAGGAGUUGAUUUGCUAGAGCAGGAUGUCAUCCUCUUCCAGAACCAGCACAGAAUGUUUGUUGUCCUCUCCUGCGCUGCCUUACCACACUGAGGCACUCGCUUGCUGGUCUUGCGGGGCACUGAGUUUGCAUUGAUGUCCUCUUUCCCACACACAGCUAAACGACUCUUCUCUUUCCUGCUUUAAUAUUUGCUUUCCUCACAUCAUUGAUGUUCUUUUAAAAAUGUUCCUAGCAUGUCUCUCUGUUGGGUGGGGUGGGGAUUAGUUAUCCAAAGCACAAGUCACUCGCUUUCCUUGCAGGUUUAACCCUCAUCUCUGUUGCUGUCCGUUACGUUUGGGGGAAACAGAACCAAGCUUGGAAUGCAGUAAUAUGGAAUGAACAAGCAUGGAAUGGCAGCUCUUCCUAAGCACACACUGCAUGCUGGCAUUUUCUCCCUGCAGAAAGAAACUCAGGGUUAUUUUGGCUGUGGGGGUUCCUUACCCAUUAGUGAAGGGUCCCCAUGCCCUUAGCUAACAUCAACCUUAUUUUUCGAGUAGUGUCCCUCUGGGUGCGUGUGCGCCCCACAUGCCCUCAAUCGGAGAUUUUCAUUAGCAAUGUCUGUUCAACCCACACUUGCGCCGUUGGUAUCCUUGUGCCCCGGCCGAGGCUAUAUCAGGCUGCAUCGGCACAAUGGAGUUAGCAUGUCCGCCUCUUGCCUACCUCGGUAGUUACAGAGUUUCUCCUAGUUAGCUAGUUUAGUUUAGUUGUUAGUAGUUAGAUUAGUAUUUGUUUAAAAGAAAAAGCAUUUUUUUUUUAUUAUAGAGGGUGGAGUCCAGUCUUAGAUCAAAGACUUUUCUGUUUGCUCACCCCACACCCAUGUGAUUCAUGAAAGGCCUGGGGACCCUCUUCUCCCACACAAAGACCUUCCCACAGGUCAUUGUGUAGGACCUGAACCUAGUUCCCAAAAGCCUCACAAAGCCCCCUUUUGAACCAAUGGCGACCUGCUCCUUAUUGACUUUAUUACUAUUGCCUCAGCCUGCAGAGUCAGAGAGAUCAGGGUCUUAAUGGCUGACCCUCCUUUCACAACAUUCCACAAGGAUAAGGUGCCCUUACGGCUAUGACUCCGGUUUCUCCUAAAGUAGCAUACGAAUUUCACCUGAAUCAGAGCAUAUACCGACCAGUUUUCUUUCCGAAGCCACAUUCUUCUAACCUGGGGACUGCUCUCCAUGCUCUGGAUGUCAGGAGGGCAUUCUCUUUUCAUUUGGACAGAGCUAAGCCAUUUUAUAAAUCCACUAGAACGUUUUUGACCUGUCUGCAACUGAAACAGAGUUCUGCCAUUUCUACCUAGAGACACGCUCUAAAUGCGUGUCCGGGUAUUUUAUAGCCUGCUACUAGGCUGUUGACAUUCCACCACCAUCAGUGUUUUGGUGCACUCAGCUAGAUCACAAUCUACAUCUGUGGCUCUCCUUAAUGUUCCCUUUCCAGAAAUCUGCAGAGCUGUCACAUAAUCUUCAAUACAUAGCUUCUCUAGGCACAGAUGCGGCUGAUGGCAAUGCAGUUCUCUCUUCUGUGAUGGACUCCAAUCCUAAGCUCCCUGCUCGUAUGGGAGGAUAGUGCUCAGGAGUCUCCAAGAGUGGAGUACCCAUACAGACACUACUUGAAGAAGAAGAAGAAGAAGAGGUUACUUACCCUGUGUAUAACUGUGUGGUUCUUCAAGAUGUGUGUCCCUGUAGGUGCUCCGUUACCCACGCUCCUUCCCCUCUGUUUCAGUUUCCUCUGAGACUCAGUGGUGCAGAAGGCACUGGGGGGACAGUUCACCCAUGUAGCCUGAUACAGCCUUGGCGCCGGGCACAAGGAUAACCAUGAUGCAUGCAAGGGCUGAACGGACACUGCUCCUGAAAAUCUCCAAGGGCCUCUGGGGCACACGUGCACCUAGGUGGAGCACCUGUAAGGGCACAAAUCUCAAAGAACCACAGUUACUGCAGAGGGUGAGUAACCACUUCUUCCAUCAUAGCCCAUAACACAUCUCCUUCCAGUUCCAAGUGAAAGGAGAUGGCCACUACAUCGCACAGCUGCUAGCCCUUUGGGAGAUGGUGCUCCCUCCCCCUUUCUCCCUGGUGUUGCUGUAUUUUCAAAGGCUGAAAUUCUUGGGGCAGUAGUUCCCCAGCAGGUCUUCCAAGUGUGCCAAUUUUGUAUUAUCCUCUUUUUAUACAAUGGGAAUCUCGUCUCUAACUAAAGAACCUGUGUCUCUUAGUCACUCCUUUUCCCAUGAUUUUUUUUUUACUCCCUGUGCCCACUUGUGUGUGUUAGGAGUGGUUGGUAUCUGAGGAGAUUAAGGAUUAAGCUGCAUGAGGUGCGAUGCAAGGGUUCAGUACCAUCUAAGCUGCAACUCCUGGGAUUGAAACCAAUAGCCAAGUAUGCUAAGGGCUCCUGUUGAUCUUACUCUGUUCACUUUGCCAUGUGUUUCCUACCCGGUUACAGCUGGGAAAUUCCUCUCUACUUGGACUCUGAACCAGGCAUUGCUUGAAAAUGACUUUAGGAAAUAGACAGGAAUUGGUGGAAGGUACAGAAUAAGGUAUUUGGCACAAUUCUGGAAUGCCGGAAUUGAACGGUUCUAAUGAUGCUAUGUAAUGUUUCUUUUUAUGUUCAAAAUAAAGAGCAAGUCUUUUGGUAA